CAUGCUGUGGCCAACUAGUGCUGCAAAAUACUCAAAUACAUUGUUAAAAUUCGCCAGAAAUUCGCAAGCCAGCAAAAAUUAAGGAAUAAGAAGGUAAACAAACAAGUUAAGUGCGCGUUUGGCGUUAACAACAAUAAGAUGUAUAUAUGAGCAACUGGACGCCGCACACAGACACCUGUCACCUGUCACCAGUAACCAACACCAACGCACCAAUCCAGCACACACGCACACACACACUGUGCAGCAAUAGCAAUGGGACUCGACUUUGAUGUCGUGGAGUACUGCAAAGGUGUGAAAACAAAUCAGUCGCUGCCGCCGUUCGGCUGUCCGGUGCGCGACUGCGACCGCAGCUACAAGACACUGGUGGGACUGCAGGGUCACCUCACCAACUACGACCACGACAAUCCGCAGCCGCUGACGCCCGUGCUGAAGCCCAAUAGAAAAAAGGCGCGCUCCGCUCGCAGCUAUCACUCCACGCCCAAAGACAGUGGCAACGCUGGCCAUGCUGGCCACACUGGCAACGCUGGCAACUCGGAGGCGGAGAAUGGAUCUACGGGCGGCAGAAGCAACGUCAAUCCGGAGUCACUGGUGUCCUACAAUGAGCAGGAGGCGACGGUUACCUUUAAUAUAGAUGGCAAGAGUGUCAGACUGGGCAUUGAGGAUCCCCUACCGCUGGUGGAGGAGGAGGAGUUUGCCCAGCUGGUGGAACGGGGCUGCAUACUGAAUGCGGAUGCGCCGCCGCUGGAGGAGAAGGCUGCGUGGGCACGGGUGAAGGUGCCCGUGGCGAAUGUGCGCCAGAUUGAUGACUACCAUGUGCCUGAUGCACCGCCUCGUCCCUUGGCCUACUAUCGCUUCAUUGAGAAGUCGGCCGAGGAGCUGGACGGUGAGAUCGAAUACGAUGUGGAUGAGGAGGACUCCGCCUGGCUGGAGCACAUGAACGAGCAGCGUACGAAGCAAAACCUCAACCCGAUUAGCAUUGAUACCAUGGAACUGCUAAUGGAUCGCCUCGAAAAGGAAUCUCACUUCCAGGCGGCGGCCAAUGGAACGCCCACCGGUGUGGAGGUGGACGACGACGCGGUGUGCUGCAUCUGUUUGGAUGGGGAAUGCCAGAACACGAACGUGAUACUCUUCUGCGACAUGUGCAACCUGGCGGUGCAUCAGGACUGCUACGGCGUACCCUACAUCCCGGAGGGACAGUGGCUGUGCCGUCGCUGCCUGCAGUCGCCCAGCAAGGCGGUCAACUGUGUGCUCUGCCCGAAUGCGGGAGGAGCGUUCAAGCAGACGGAUCAUGGACAGUGGGCGCAUGUCGUCUGUGCACUGUGGAUACCCGAGGUGCGCUUUGCCAACACCGUGUUCCUGGAGCCAAUUGAUUCUAUUGAGACCAUACCGCCCGCCAGGUGGCGCCUCACCUGCUACGUGUGCAAGGAGAAGGGAUUGGGCGCCUGUAUUCAGUGUCAUCGGAACAGCUGCUAUGCCGCCUUCCAUGUGACCUGUGCCCAGCAGGCGGGUCUCUACAUGACCAUGGACACGGUCAAGGAUGGCCACAACGACAGCUCCGUGCAUGUGCAGAAGUUCGCCUACUGCCACGCCCACACGCCCGCGGAUGCCAAGCUCAAGACGAACGUGCCCGACUUUGAGGACACGCGUCUGAAGAUGCGCGAGGCACGCAAGGCAUUGGCCAAGAAGCGUUCCACGGCGCCGGUGGUGCUGAUACCCACAAUUCCGCCGGAUCGUGUGCAGGAGAUUGCGGCUAUGGUGCACAUGCAGCGGAAGAAGGAGUUCCUGGAUCGCAUCAUUGCCUACUGGACGCUUAAGAGGCACUACCGCAACGGAGUUCCGCUGCUCCGGCGACUGCAGAGUCAGGGCAACAAUCAUGGCGUGAUUCAGCGCAACGGGAUCGAGGGAUCGCCGGACACGAAGGAGCUGUACCGGCAGCUCAAGUACUGGCAGUGUCUGCGUCAGGAUCUGGAGCGGGCGCGUCUGCUCUGCGAGCUGGUGCGGAAGCGGGAGAAGCUGAAGGUGGCAUUUGUGAAGAUCUCGGAGGAGGUGGUGAUGCUGCAGCUGAAUCCGCUGGAAUCGGCGCUGAAUAAGCUGCUGGAUGCGCUGGAGACACGCGACACCAUGGAGAUCUUUCGGGAGCCAGUGGACACCAGUGAGGUGCCCGAUUACAUGGAUAUUGUCAAGCAGCCCAUGGAUUUGGGUACGAUGAGGAGCAAACUAAAGGAUUGUAGAUACACUUCACUGGAGCAGCUGGAGGCGGACUUUGAUCUGAUGAUACAGAACUGUCUGGCGUACAAUAACAAGGAUACGGUGUUCUAUCGUGCCGGCAUACGGAUGCGGGAUCAGGCGGCGCCGCUGUUUGUCCAGCUGCGCAAGGAGCUGCAGCGGGAUGGAUUGCUGGAGCGCAAUCAGCGCUCCCAUGUGGAUCAUGUGGAGGGUGAGGUGGAACUGGAGUUGCGACAGCUGCUGGCGGCGCCGCCCAGCGAGGAUGUGGUACAAAAGCUGCUCAUCCUCGCGGACAAGUCGCAGGUGCUCAAGAAUCCCAGCUAUCGCACCAAGAAGAUCAAGCAGAUCCGCCUCGAAAUCACCCGCAUGCGCAAGAGUCUCCAAAAGGCACGCUUUGCGGCGCGACACUCGACACAUGCGCACUCCCAGAGCGAUGAUGAUGAGGACGAGGAGACGGGCCUUGUGCCCUCCAAGAAACGGACGCGCAAGCGACUCGAUAGCAGCGCCAUGGACUUGGAGGAGUCACAGGAUCUGCAGCAGGCGCAGCACAACGAUGACGAAGAUGACGACGAGGAUGACUCGGAGGAUGAAGAUUCAAUGGCCGAAGAUGGCGCCAGCAAGGACACUGGCCACAUGACCCAAACGCCGCCCUGCAGUCCCGUCAAGUCCCUCAACAACAGCAGCUCUCCCGUGGGCAUCAAUCGAAGAACGGCCAUUUUACUGACGCGCAAGGCGCAGGCGGCGCUUAAGCGACCCUCGGAGCCACUGACGACGCCUGUCAAGGAGGAGGAGCACCACCACAACUCGCAAUCAUCCAGCACGCAGUCAACCAGCGCCAGUGGCAGCUCCAGUUCCACAACAACAGCUGCCACAGCCGCCUCCAGCGGCACGUUGAAUGCCACGCUGGCAACUGCCACGCCCACGCCGACUUUGACGCACAACAACAUGGCAGCGGGAGCGGGAGCGGGAGCAGGAGGUGGAGUGUCCGCUGUCGCUAGUCUAACGCCCACGUCGCUGGCUAGCUACCAUAAGCUGAGCCUAAGUCUGGGCUCAAGUCUGGCGCUGGACAAGUCACCCAAGCGACCAGCGCGUUACCGUCGUCUGCCUUCGAUGUCAUCACCAAAGAAGUCACCGAAUCCACAAACAGCUGCUGCUGCUGCUGCCGCUGUUCCUCCUCCUGCUGCUGCUGCUGUUCCUGCUGCGGUGCCAGCGGAACCUCUGCCUUUUGAGCGCAUCCCGGACAGCUUUCGGGUGUACAGAGCCAACAAUCAGCGCGAUGUCAGCGACAGCGACGAGGCACCAUCGCAAUCCAGUAGUCCCUGCAGCAGCUGCUCCGACUUCAGCAUGUCCGGCAGUUGCUCCGACUUUGACAGCGACGAGGCGAGUGACGGAGAUGCGCACAGCGAUGAUGGCGACUCGGACAGCGUGAAGGGGGGAGCGCAUGGUAUGAAUGAUGACUCGCAGGGGGAUUGCACCACGGAUGCAAUGGAUCUGCAGCAUGCGACGCUGCACAACACGCAGGGCAAUGGCAACAUGGCCAUCAGCAGCAGCGACAGCAGCUCAUCCGACAGCGACGAUGAACAGCUGCAGCUGGAUGCCAAGCAGCGUGUGAGCACACGCAGCACUCCCACUCCCACGCCCUUGGUGGGCCGUGGUGGUGGCAUCUGCGCAGCUCGAGGGCGUGGCAAGCGGCGCAGUAAUCUCAGUGAAUCCACCAGCUCCACAGCAACACCGCCACCGCUGAUCCGCAAGGCGGGCAAGUUGCGUGCAGCCACGCCCAAUGCAUCGCCGCUAGUGAAUAACAUCAAAGGACGACGGAGCACGACCAGCACACAUUGCCACAGCAUUGCCACAGCCAGCACAACCACGACAGCUGCCUUAACGAACAACAACAGGAGCAGCAAGCUGCACCACGAACUGGAGGAGGCGGGCAGAGCGGCGGGCGGAGCCAGUGGCGAGUUUCUGGUGCGGCACAACAGCACACACAAGGCGACGGCAUCGCUGGAGCCACUGCAGCUGGUGUGGGCGAAAUGCCGUGGCUACCCUUGGUAUCCGGCGCUCAUCUUGGAUCCCAAGACACCCAAGGGUUUCGUCUACAAUGGAGUGCCACUGCCAGCACCGCCCACCGAUGUGCUGGCCCUGCGCAAGAACUGCAUGGACGAUGUGGUCUUCCUGGUGCUCUUCUUCGACGUGAAGCGGACGUGGCAAUGGCUGCCCGCCAACAAGCUGGACAUCCUGGGCAUUGACAAGCAGCUGGACCAGCAGAAGCUCGUCGAGUCGCGCAAACCCGCCGAACGCAAGGCCGUCAAGAAGGCGUACCAGGAUGCACUGCACUACCAGAGUCAGGUAUCCGAUCUAGAGGGUCAGGGCCCCGAUCCCAUCAUGUGAAAGCUGUUUGCCCAAUUGCAUUUAACCGUCAACUGUUAAAUGUUAAAUGCAUCCCCCUCCCGCCUUGUAAUUAUGUUAAUGAAUAUUCGUUAAAUACGAAUACGAAUAGGAAUAUGAAUAUGAAUAUUCGCUCUCGAAAUAGUCCAGCCAGAUGCAGGGAAAACGAGCUGGGAACUAUCGUUUGUAUUGUUACUUGAGAAGGCCCUCCAUUAGAGUAUUUCUUUUAAAUAUUUACUUACAACUAUUUUUGAACUACACACUUCUCUGUUCUUCAGCGUAUCUUUCGAAUUUGAUUUCGAACUUUCCAACUUUCGAAUUUCCAAUUUUACACUGCAAGUGGCAUUUUGAUUUUUGAUUGUUUUCCCUUCUUAACAAAAAAAGUGAAGAAACUUUUUAAUUAGUUAUUACUUCUUAUUGUAAAAAUUCUGUAAAGUUAAAUUCUUUCGCCCUUUUCCCGCCAGAAAACCUAGCAACAACACCUACAACAAAUGGAAUUAAAAACCUCAAGACGUUUCAAGAAAAAUCAAAUCAAUGUUUAAGUUAAAUAGUUUUAAGCAUAAACAAAAUCAUGAAAAAUAGAAAAUAGUUAAGCAUAUAUAAAAAAAUGAAAUGUGUAAAAAAAGCCAGAACAUUUACAAAUAGCAUUAAAUUGUGUAUGUGUGUAUGCGUAUGUUUGUGUGAGUGUGUGUAUAUGUCUAUUAAGUGUGUUCCGUUUUUAAUUUCCGUAUGAACAAAUAUGCAACAAGUUUGAUUAUUAUUACGAUGUAUUACGACGAUGAUGAUGAUGAUGAUGAUUAUUAUUAUUAUUAUAAUUAUUAUAAUUACGGUGUGUAAUUAAUGCAAAUUAUUAGAAAAUAAGUGAAAAAAACGUAGAAAAUUAAGGUUUGUAGUAGAUGCCCAUAACAAGAUUGAAUAUUGUUUAAAUUUAACGGUCAAGUAAAGUGCAGAAAAUAAAUGUUUUAAACAAAUACAA